UUUGUGUGUCAAGUCAAUUGAGUUGCCAAUUUCGGUGUCCCAUGGACGUGGGUAUACCAGUCUUUUUCAUUAAGCAUGAAGAUGUCAGAGUUAUUAUGUUUGAGAGAGGAUGAAAAGAAAAACUAAAAGUAGAGAGAGAGAAUAAAAAAUGAGUAAUAAGCUGAUUAGUCUGAUACAUCUAACGCAACCCAUUUGACAACCGCAACCCUCCACCUCCUGCCGGCAGCUCUCCGCCGCCGCCGCCUUCUCAUCAACCCCUUGCUCCUUCAAUAUUCCCUAGUGGUCCACAAAAAAUACAACACCUAUGAUCUCCUAUUACUAGCUAGACCCCUACUACUUUCAAAGUGUUAUGACUUGUCCAUUAAUUCUUGCUCUCUCUUGAGUUUACUUUUGAUGAUAACAGUUCAGUACGUAGAAGCCUAUUGAGAAGCAAUUUUUUGUCUUUAUUGCCAAUUUCUUGUCUGCUCAGAGUUUGUUGAACUGAAAAUUAUGGCUUCUUUUUCUUUAUUUGUUGAGACGAGAUUAAACAGAGAAACAGAACAUUAAAACUUACCUCCUUGGUCCCAUCUCAGUAUUCUUCUUACUUUAACUGAACAUUAAUAUGUAGACACUCACGCGACUCUCUUCCGCCCCACCCCCCCAAACAAACCCCAAAUUCUUAUUUCUAACUUCUCUAAGCUAAAGUAAAGACCUAUAAAGCUUAUUUGCCAGACUUUGUCUUCGUGCAACGUCCGUACACAAAAGUCCAUGUCUAAUUCUAUAUUUUAUUUUCAUUCUAGUCUUCUCUCAACUUUUUCUCUCGGUUAAUCUCAAGAGAACCAGAAGAAGCCAGGUGGUGGUUAUUUAAUUCUUUGCCUCAUUUAUAAGUGGUGUUAUCUACCAAGAUUAUGUUUAGUUUUGUGGGAUUUGUAUUGAGAUAUUUCAUCUCUUAAAUUUAAGUUCCUUAUAGAUGAGAUGAUCCCAAAUGAAGCAUAAUCUUCUUGUUGACUAGAAGUUUGAGAUUUAAUUUCAAACAUAUCUCUGGGGUGGAAACAGUUAAGAGUUUUUGACUUGCAUGCAGUUAUUAAAUCUCCCAACCCAAAAAAUCUAAUUUUUUAAUCUGUAGUGAGAUUAGGAUUGAAGAAGUUAUUUCAGAAGAGCAGUAUAAAACCCUUAGAAAGUUUCUUUUUCAUCACUACGGAAAAAGUUGGUGAUGGAGCAAGGAAGAUCUGGAGGAGAGAAUGAUCGGAAUCAGCAACGAAAAAUGAAGAUGCCGGAAAACCUCUCAGCGGUGGCACAACCACCGCAGCCACCGCCGCAGAAAUGCCCUCGUUGUGAUUCAAACAACACUAAGUUUUGCUACUACAACAACUACAGUUUGACUCAGCCACGGUAUUUCUGCAAGACCUGUAGGAGGUAUUGGACUCAAGGUGGAACCCUAAGGAAUGUCCCCGUCGGCGGUGGUCGCCGGAAAGGCAAAUGCACGACGAGAGGCGGCGGCGGUUCAUCUUCUUUAUCAGCCGGUGAAAGUUCAUCAAGAUCUUCUCAAGGCGCUCAGCCUCCACCAGUAGUACCCUUAAAUAUGACAACCAAUUUGUCAGCAGCAGCUGCUUUUUUCUCAGGUAACAGUAUUUCAAGAUCUCAGCCUCUGAAUUCGUUGUAUUCUAGCGGUGGAUUUCUGUCUUCGUUAGCUGCCAUGCAAUCACAAGGUGUCAAUCAAUCCAGUAAUAGCCAAUUUGGUGGUACUGGUAAUACAGUACUGUUGCAAGGUUUCCAUAAUCUUCCUAAGGAACCACAACAAAGUGGGUUUUACCAAAUGGUCAAUAAAGAAAAGUCCAAUGAAUCAUCCUUUUACCUAUCUGAUCAAACCCUGCAAUUUCAACAUACAAGGCCUCUGGGUUCUUGGACACAGAGGUUCAUCAACAACAACAACAACAUGGAUUCUUGGAACAGCUCCGCCGGUAGCAGCAGCGGCAGUGGAGGAGCUACCAAUAGCACCACAGCUGGUUCAUCUCUCAGCCCUAAUCAGUGGCCUGAUAUGCCGGGGUUUGGCCCAUCUCCAUGAGAUUUUAGGGUUUCUUUGGCUUUUGGUUUUUUACAUACUGAAUUGUUAGUGUUUCCAUCAUUUUUCUUGAUUGAAUAUUGGGUUUUCGGGGGUAUCUGAGCUUUGAUCACUCUUCAUCCCAAGGAAGUGAAUGGAUCGGAAGAAGUUUUUUAAUGGUAUGGUAUUUAAUUUUCUACGUUUUUAUUUCUUGUAAAACGCAGAAAAUAUAAUGUAUGUGGAGACAUGAACAAAAAAAGGGUUGGCUAGGCGCUAGCUAGCUAAAAUUGUUGUAUGAUAUUUACCUUCUUAUAGAGAAUUUGUGGAUUGGGUUAGGUUUGUAUUUUUUGAAACUUCUGAU